UGAAUGGCAAGCUCAUCAGGACAGUCUGAACAUACAUUCAGGUUCACAAUAUGAAGCUCUCAAUUGUAUGCUCAAUUGCAAUUCUUGCCACCUUGGGGCAUGCCAAAACCAUGACUGACCUUCAGGGUGAUUCUUUGGAUAGAGGAGGCCGAUAUUAUGGAGGUGGCCGUCGUUACUACUCCAAAGGCCACUCUAGCUAUUCUGGAGGUGGUGGAGGAGGAGGAGGCAUUACUGGUGGAAGAAGUGGUGGCUACUCUGGUGGAUCUGGCUAUUCUGUUGGGGGCGGCGGCGGCCAUGGUGGUGGCUACUCUGGUUAUUCUGGUGUGGUGGUGGUGGCGGCCAUGGUGUUGGCUACUCUGGUUAUUCUGGCGGAGGUGGUUACUCUGGCUAUUCUAAGGGUGGUGGAGGCAACGGCGGCUACAAUGGGGGUUACGCAACUGGUGGUCACUCUGGUGGUGGAGGAGGUGGUUACAGAUCUGGUUCCUCAUAUAGCAGCUACAAGGGCGCUAUUAUUAGAAUGAAAUUGUUUGCAUUGUACUAAUGUUUAAAAAACUAAAAUAAACUUGAGCUUGGUAUUGCA